AUUUGUUGGAACCAUACGUCCCUCUUUACUUUUUCUCGACAGAAGGUCUCGUUCAAAUUGCUGUCCGCCCUGCUUUGUAAAUGCCUUCGCUCGGAAUGACCAAAGGCUAAAAAGUUAAGACCUAGUUCUGACUGUUUGGAAGGGUAAAUGCAUUAACAUAGGACAUAUAGUGGAUACUUUAGCUUGCAAAAGGGCCAGAACGGACGAGCGAGGGCUUUGUGUCGCUAGCUUUUUUACGUAUAGUUGCAUGCCCGGCCGAAGCUAGGCUUUCUACAAUCUCGCACGAAUGCAGGCCGUCGAUUACCAUCAGCGUAUGCCAAGGCGAAGAGAUUAUGCUGAUGAGCUCUUGAGGUCCUUUCCGAACGGGAGACUGGUCAACCCCGAAGGGUCCGUGGUUGAUCUGCCCUUCCAGCUGCCCAACGGUCGCCCCACAGCACUGCGAGUCAGCCUGCCGGCGCACUUCCCGCAGGAGCGCCCCGUGUUGUGCGUCCUAGUCCCCCUGCAGCACCCCGCAGUAGACACCACCGGUCGCGUGAGAGUGCGCGGCGCCGAGCUGUGGGGCAACUCCGGCUCCGUCUCCUCGGGCGCCGCAGCCGCCACCGCAGGGCCCGGAGGCGGCCGCGCCCCAGGCACGGUGUCGGGCAUAGGGCCCACAGACCUGGUGGCAGUUGUACGGGAGGCUUUUACCGUACUGCUGGGCCCGGAGGCGGCGGCGCAGCAGGGGCUGCUUGCAGGCGGGGCGGCGGUCAGCAGCGGGGGUGUGAGCGUGGGUUCCAUGCCGUCCUUCGGAGGCGGUAUCGCGCCGGGUCCGAACACGGCGGUGGGGGGCUACGGCAACGGCUCAGUAGGCACGCCCAUGCCGGGUGCCGGGGGUCUGGGGGGUGCUGCUGGAGGAGCAGGGAGCGGGAGUGGCGGGGACGGCAGCGACCCGGAGUCAUUCCUGGAGGGGCUGCCUACGUCGGUGCUGGAGGCGAUGAUGGGCGACGAGGAGGAGCUGAGGCGGGUGGCGGCGCAGUGGCUGCAGGGCACCUCGGCUGCUCGCGCCCUGGAGGACGUGCGGCGCGCCAACCGCUCCGCCGCCACUGCCAACCUGGCCCUGGCUCGCUCCAUCGAGGAGGCUCGCGGCCACGUUGCCAUCGUGCGGUCGGGCGAGUACGCCGCCAUGCGGGCCCUGUUUGAGGAGCUGUACGGCAGGCAGGAGGCUGUGGUGGCCAAGAUAGGCCCGGCGGCGGUGCUGGCGAGGGUGCGGCAGGAGGCGGAGCAGUCCGACGCCGCCUCUGAUGAGCUGCUUGAGCGCUACCAGUCGGGCGGACUGACUGUGGAGGCGUUCGUGGAGGCUUACACGGCGGCGCGGGAGGCCUUCCACUCGUUGGACCUGAAGCGCCAGGCGGCGGAGCACACGCCGCUGCUGGCUUGAGCGGUAGGAGAGCAUGGGGGCAAGGAGAUGGAGGGGAGGUGCUGCAUGUGUGAAGAGUGAAGGCAUGCAUGGAGGGUGCAUGGGCACUGACAUGCCACCAGCAGGUGGUAUUUCCUGCCAGUGCACGGCGCUUGGAUCGUAGGAAUGCACUGGGCGGUCCGUGAGGCUAACGACUGUUGAUAUUGGUAUUCACCGGCGGCUGUUGUGUAGCCUGUUGGAGCGAAUAGAUCGUUGGCUUACUAGCUUGGGCAUCAUCGCCUGACUUCCCGUUGCUAGCUUUGUAGAAAGGAUUAUUGUCGUAUAUACGUUUUGUGUACAGAAUCCGGGGUGGUGCGCAGCCAUCCACGCGAGUUAAGAGGUGGGAAGUGGAAUCACAGGCUGACUAAAACUAAAAUGAGUCAGUCAUCGAGGCUCCAGGCAUUCCAAGGAUGCCCCUUUCGUACAUGCGCGGUUCAAAAGUCAAGAUCUGCGCUAGGUCUGUGUUUGUCACGUGUAAGCCAACCCCUUGCGCUCGUAAAUCACUCUCAACGCAGCUUGCCGUAGCGCGC